GCCUUGUUCUAAGAUGGAAACAUUAAUGACUGCCAGCCAGGGUAGUGAUUCCACCGAAGCAACUGCCAAACCAAAGAGAAGUUUUUAUGCUGCAAGGGAUUUGUACAAGUACCGACACCAGUACCCACAGAACUUCAAAGAUAUCCGAUAUCAAAAUGACUUGAGCAAUCUUCGUUUUUAUAAGAACAAAAUUCCAUUCAAGCCAGAUGGUGUUUACAUUGAAGAAGUUCUGAAUAAAUGGAAAGGAGAUUAUGAAAAACUGGAGCACAACCACACUUACAUUCAAUGGCUUUUCCCCCUGAGAGAGCAAGGCCUGAACUUUUAUGCUAAGGAACUAACUACAUAUGAGAUUGAGGAAUUCAAAAAAACAAAAGAAGCCAUUAGAAGAUUCCUCCUGGCUUAUAAAAUGAUGCUAGAAUUCUUUGGAAUAAAACUGACCGAUAAAACUGGAAAUGUUGCCCGUGCUGUUAACUGGCAGGAGCGAUUUCAGCACCUGAAUGAGUCCCAGCACAACUAUUUGAGGAUCACCCGCAUUCUGAAAAGUCUUGGCGAACUCGGGUAUGAAAGCUUCAAAUCUCCUCUUGUGAAGUUCAUCCUCCACGAGGCUUUGGUGGAAAACACCCUUCCCAACAUCAAGCAAAGUGCCCUGGAGUACUUCGUGUACACGAUCCGGGACCGGAGGGAGAGGAGGAAGCUCCUGCGCUUUGCUCAGAAGCACUACACACCAUCCGAAGACUUCAUCUGGGGGCCGCCCCGGAGGGGGCAGGAGCAGGGGGGCCGAGCCCCGAAGACAGGUGCUCCCCUCGCCUCCAGCCACAGUGGCCAAGCCUCUGUGCCCAGGAAGGCCAAGGACUCCAAGACGCCCCCUUCGGCUGCCCAUCCAAAUAGCAAGGCAACUGAAGAGAGAAAGGGGCCACUGAAAGACCCUGUGGAGGAGACAGCCAGGCCCAGCCUGGAAUCCAGCCCUGAGGUGGCCCAGCCUGGGGACACAGAGGAGGACGGUGCUGACGGUGCGAAUUCUCAGCCAGAGGAAGCAGCUGCCAACCCCACAGAGAAGGAGGACAGCAUGUCUCCUGAAAGAAGCCCAGAAGGCCAAAAUCAUAACCAGGACAGUGAAAGUCCUGGAAACACAAGCUGCCAAGAUGUUACCCGAGGGCAGUGAACGACCAGGAAACCUGCAGCCUGGCCUAGGCGAAUGGGGGAGGGGGGGAGAAAUUGCUGUGCACCAUCUCUGGGAGGACAGAGAUGAGGCCACUUCCAACUCCAAUCGUCUGUUUGUGGGUUCCAUUGUGAGCAUUUUGUUGUUGUUUUUUCUUUUGGAUGACAAUGAAUUGAAUAUUUAAGGAGAAGUUUGAAGACAAGACCUAAUAAAUGAAUGUAUUCUGUAAUGCUUUUAGGAUGUGAGUUUUCAAAUUCUGCAUAUAACAACUGCUUUCAAGUUAUUUUCAGGGUAUCUGGAAAUGAUCAUGUGGUAUUUGACAUUUAAACAUGUUCUUUCAAGGGAGUCCAGUCUACAUGACCAGAAGCAAGAGAACUGUUUCUCUGGAUUGCCGCAUCUUUACCCAAUCUGAUUUGUGAAUUAAUUUUUUAAGUGGAAAGAGUUUGGUCUUUUCAAAUGUGUUCAGAAAAUAAUUUGGAUUCUUUGACUACACCCCUCAGAGUGUCUAUUUUUAGGCUCUGAGAAGUGAUGUGCAGGCCUGUAGGGCUCUGCCCUAUGGGCUCAGGGUCCAUCCUGCAGCCUCUUCCUCUGUCCCUCCCUUCCACACCCACCCACGAGCACCUCCUUGUCAGUGGCACGUGUGUGUUCAGUGCAGUCGGCCUUGUCCUCUGUGUCCAUGGGUUCUGCAUCUGUGGAUGCGACCAAUUGCAGAUUGAAAAUAUUGAGGAAGAAAAAUGGGUGGUUACAUCUGUACUGAAUGUGUGCAGACUUUAUUUUUUUUGUCAUCAUUCCCUAAACAAUACAGAAUAACAACUAUU